CUUUGAAAUUUUUCGUGAUUUUAAAAUUAAAAAAUUUAAAUUAAAGAAAAGUAUAAAAACCUGAAAAGACAUUAUAUUAUGAAUUAAUUAUAAUAAAUAUGGAUUGUACAGAAGCUGAAGAGAAUUUAGAUCCUGUAGAUGGUUUCGGUAUUCAAGACUCGACUCAGUCGUCCGAUAACUUUCAAAAGUUUAUAUAUGAACUCUUUGAUAAAAAUGGUGUAAUAAAUGAUUUGAGGGCCUAUUUACGGGGGCAUAUUAUAAAUAUUCUAAAAAGUGCUGAGACAGGUGAUCUUCCAGUUUGCCAAAAGAAUUUUGCUCAGCGAUUGGAGCUUCCAUUUCAAGCUUUGAAUAUAUUGAUUGUUGAAUAUUUAUUGACCAUGGAGUUCAAUUAUACCAUAUCUGUAUUCGUAUCAGAAGUACCAUUAGCAAAUAUGGUGUUUAACUUUACAAAAAAUCUUCUAAACCCUGAGACCGAGUCAAAAGUAUCCAAUUUACGGUUUGAUGAUGGAGACAUUUGGUCUGUUCUUAAUUGUAUAGGUCUGAAAUGUAGCUCAGAGCAUGCACUGAAGAUUGUGGAAAUGUAUAAAAAUGAAAAGCGACCAUUGUUGUUUUGUAUUCUGAAAUGUGUGUCAUUGUACCAUGGAGCUAUAUCAGAUCAGAGUUCUGUUCAAAGUUCUGAUGCUACUGAUGAUAAAGUGUAUGAACCCAGAGGACCGAGUCAUAAAUGUAGGCAUUAUGUGUUCUGCAAAGCCUGUCAGUAUAGAGUCGCUCGGCUCAAAGAGAAAUAUAAGUGGAACAAAGCAAAGAUGGCAAAGAAUGCAAAGAGAGAUAAUAUAAAGACAGUUAAUGUUGAGACUUUUAUGAGUAAUGUCAGUGUAUUGGAGCAGAAUUUAAUAGACGAGAUGUUCCAAGAACUGAAAACCGUUUACGAGACGGAAAUGGAGAUGGUUAAAGAGGAACAACAGAAAAGACUCAAGCACUCUAUAGCGAGCCACGCUCUGCAGAUGCAAGGCUAUAAGGAGAAGAUGGAGAGAUCAUUCCAAGAGCGCGAGACGGCUUUGUCUCAAGCGAUCCAGCGGAAGAAACGUUUCCUGUGGGGGCUGGCGAGGAGUCUGAGGGAGCAACACGAGCACCUCACCCGGGCCAUGGCGGCUGUACGCGAACAGAGCGACAGGCUCACGCAGAAGGAGAGCAGUUUGAAAACUCAGCUCGAGGAGGCUGAAAACGCUCUGAAGAAACGGGGCGAGGACAUGAGACAGCAGAUAUCCGAAGAACUGGUUAUACUGGAGGAACAUCUGGAGAACAUGAAGAGAGAGAGAGACAGCAUCAACGAACAAAGGAAAGAGAUGGAGAAUGAAGACACGAAGGAAAAGUACGACGUCAUAAAGAACGAGGUCAUGGCGCUGAGGAAAUACAUGGAAAGUGUUAGAGUGAAGAGAUGUGUCGCGGAUAGAGGAACCAAUACGGAGCGGGAGGUGACGGUGUACAACAAUGAGGUCGGCGGAAAGAACGACUGGUGUAGAGUGAGGCACCUGGUGAACGACCUGAAGAUACGCAAGAACGUGAACUAUCCGCAGACGAAUUUCGAAGAAGUUUACGAUGUUAGCGGCAGGUCGACGUCCAGCGAGGCGCUCGCUGAUACCGAGGAAUCCCGGAAUGACUGUCGAAUUAAUGUUAGGAAGGGGGGCGAAACCCGGGGAAGGGGUAACCGGGAUCAGGUACGGGACCGCGAGGAGCUGGGAGACGUGAGGGGGCUGGAUGUGGAGGAACUGAGACAAGAAAAUAAUAAACUGAAAAACUUCGCGAGACAGCAACGAGAUUACAUACAAGCGUUGGUUAAUGAGAGGGAUCGCCUCGAGCGCGCUCUGGUGGCCCCCCUCAGACCCCGGACCGCGCCCAGUCUGCCUGACUCGUCUGCGGGGCCUCGAAUCGAUGUGAGUGCUAGCGGAUUGUUGUCUCGUCGCCUGGCUGUAGAAGAACGACGCGUCGUGUCGGAUCCCUGGCGUCCUCGUCACGUCUCUAAUAUCAGCGAGACGAGCAAGAGAAGGGAUCCCCUCGAAGUCAGUUCCGGGCUCCGUCCUGAGAGAGAUCUCGUUUAUCAUCAAUACGGUGAGUCACCACCGAGAGCGACCUACCACACGUUCCCGGAGCCGAGCAAGUCGCGAGAGAAGAGUCCCAAGUCGAUGUUGAGAGAGGCCAAGGAGAGGCUGAGGAACAGCACAGCAAAACCAAAUCCACCGCAACCGGAUAUCCGUGAGAAGAGUCCAACGUCCACGCUGAGAGAAGCGAAGCUACGGCUGAGGAAACUAGAGAUAGAAGCAGAGGCUGUGGAGAAGAGUUACCAGGACUACAGGAAAAGACAGGAGAUGAGAGGAGGAAGAGAGGGAGGGAGCCACGGAAGAGGUAACCUCCAGGGACCCACAGACAGGACAGAUGUAAAAAUUAAAUCUCACGGAAUAUACGGAAGGCAAAACUACAAACGAGAUAUAAACGAGACGUCCGAGUCAAUGAAAAAAGAUUUCGACAAGUAUCUCAAAGAAUACAACACGUUCGACCUGGGCCGGCUGCGCUUCAACAACAAGAACUCGGUCUUAGAAAACGUUCAACCCAUCCCCAAAUGUUUCUCCAACAGAAGAGAUGUCAACUACUUGGAGACGCCGAUGACGGAAUUCAGGAAAUACUAUCAGGUAGAGAGGGACGGCGAUAAACUAAACAAGGACAGCAAUAGUGGAGGUGCUGCGGAUAUAUCGGAUCCGGAAAUGAGCGAGGUGACCGAAAAGUCCCACGGAUACAAAAACAAAAACGAUAACCUACUUUCACGACACAUCACUAAUAAUAAUCUUAUAACGAAUGACGCGAACUUAGAAAAAGAUAGUCGCAAGACCUCCCCGGACAUACAACGACCCGAACAAACCAUUGACAAUAGAUGUAACAAAGAUAAUGGAAAUAAAUUCAUAGACGAUAAUAUAGAAAUAUCUCCCAAAGAUAAUACACGUGAACAGUCAUCUCCACGAAAAAUAGACAGUUACCCGAAAACAAAGCAACAAAAUAAAUACGAGAAAUCUCCAAUCAAUGAUGUGGUUCUGUCUCCCGAACCGAAGUCCAUUGAUAAAUUAUCGGAAAAUCACACCAAGGAAAUCAAAUCUCCGAAAAAAUUUACAAUCAUAGACGAACCGACAGAUCUGAUUGACGAAAAUAUAAAAAUUCAAAUAACCGAGAAUAAUAUAAAAGUAUAUAAUAACGCAAUAGAAGAAAACGAGGACAAAAACAAUCUCCUGCUCGUGGAAGUUGAAAACGAACAGGAAAAUGUAAUCGCUCCGGAAAAUCAUGAGUUCCUAGUAGUCAUAGAAAGUUCAGUGGACAACAGAGACCUGGACGCGGAACAGAAAUAUCCAAUAAGUGUUGUAGUCAGCCCCAAAAACACGGGGCCGAAAGAUAUGCUGACUCCCAGAGGAUAUUCUAGAAGAUUAUCUUUAGACACACAGAAAGAUGCCGUACUGUCGUACGACUCGGAUAAGAAAUUAUCCAGUAUCGAUCUUGACCCGGAACUGUCUAAGGGAAAGGUGGAAUCCAUCAGCGAAGUCGGCAAAGACUCCGACGAAUACCUGGACGACUUCUCAGCGGACGUCGACAACUACAACAACACAUCCGACAACGGAAAAAACUCGCCCAUAUCCCUCCCCAGGACCUCCGAGGACGACAGGUUCUGGGAGUCUUAAAAAAAACACAGCCCGGUCAUCAUAGAAUAAUAGUUUAUUAGAAAUAAAAUAUUAAAAAACAAAAAAACACGUACAAUUAUUUACAUCAAUUUAUCAUUAUAAAAGUACAAACAUUAUAUAAUCCAAACACGGCGCGGCUCCGACCUCCCGCUGUACAAGAAUAAAGAUAAAUGCUAACAUGAACAUUGAACCGGUGAAGUGGAAUUGUACCGUCCGAAAUGCAAGGAGCGACUAACCCGGGCGAGCGAGACGAGUAACUAAAUACGAGACUUAAUAUAUUACAUAUACGUAUAGCUAUACCUGUGUACAACGCUACAGCCUUAACCUAGCGAACUACUUCAUUAAUAAUUCGUUAAUAUCCACGUCAGACGCGUUAAAUUUACUAUCACAAGAUACCAUCAGGAGUGUUCAGUGACCGCCGGCUGCUAGGUAAAUAUACGAAAAUUUCUCCCAUUCAUUAUGUUAUAUCCGUAACACUUAUUUCAACCAAGGCCAUGGUUUCGGUCACGUGAGGAUUUCAACAACAUGAA